AACAUUUGCCCCCUUGCCUCCUCAAGACAAGAUCUCCAAUCUUUUAGCCUUCUAAAACCAUGUCUGUCCUAGCUCCUAAAAUUCCCUCCACCCCAAUGACCCAUUCCAGGCUGCAAACUCACAAGGAAGAGUUGAGUUUGAAAAUUUUGUCCGACGAGGUUGUCGCAGGUCACAUUUAUUCUAAGCAUCGUGACGAUGAUAGGGUCAAAAUUGAUGUCGAUAACUACAUUUCGUUUCUUGAAAGUAUUUUUUCCAAUGUUGAUCAAAUCAAUGAAGCUGCUUCUCAAGGACAUGAAGGACGUGUGAUAUAUUCAGAAGAUUCAUAUAAAGCUAAUGUGACAAUUGAUCCACCCAUUGAUAUUCUUCAGAAAGUUUCUAACGAGUUGGGGUUUAAGUCUCCUGGGAUAGAGAAAGCUCACCAAACCACACUUGAGAUCCUUGACAUUCUGAUUAGCUAUCCUUGGGAAGCUAAGGCAACUAUAUGCCUUGCAGCAUUUGGUAGUGACUAUGGACUUCUAUGGCACUUAAACCAUCACUCUCUUUUUGACCCACUUGCAAAAUCCUUAGCAAAUAUCCACCACUCAACUUCACUGAAAAAGCACUUGGAUUCAUUCAAAUAUCGACAAGUAGUUUUCAGUUCAAGGAGUCUGAUUUUCUUGUGCUUCCAAGUCAUCAAACUCAUGAAUCAAAUAAGACUUUUCUCUAAAUAUGAUUCUAAGGAAAUUCCUGAGUUGGCUGCUACCCUUCGUCAGAUCCCAAUUUUUACUUAUUGGGUUAUACACACUAUUGUUGCUUCCACCACUGAAAUCUCCAGUUAUCUCACUAAUUCUGAGGGUCAAUCACAAACAUACUUGAACGAAUUGAAUGAGAGACUCAAUGCAAUCCUCAGCAUACUUGAAGACUAUUUGAAUAUUUUUCAAGAAGAACUAGAAGAAAUUAAUCUAUAUAGGUGGCUUAUUGAUCACAUUGACCAGUUUCCUACUGAUAUAACAUUAGUUGUGUCUAAGCUGCUUGAAGGCAAGUCUAAUGCCAAGCCUUUAAUAAAUUGUUCAACUCUCAAGGAGGAAAGAAUUGAAGAUGCAUUGAGAGAAAAGAAUGUGAUAUUACUGAUUUCUGGAUUGAAGAUUUCAAAUGAUGAUAUCCGAGCUUUGAAUUUAGUGUACGAAGAGUUGAAAAGAGAGGAUAAUUAUAAGAUUGUAUGGAUUCCUGUGAUCAAUUCUCAAGUUGUUGAUGAAGAAAGUUAUAAAAGAUACGAAUAUGUGAGGUCAACAAUGAAAUGGUAUGCAGUGCAAUAUGGUACAAAAAUUGCUGGAUUAAGAUUUUUGGAAGAGAUUUGGCAACUUAGAGAUGAUGCUUUAAUGGUUGUCCUGGACUCAAAAUCAAAACUCAAAUUUUCAAAUGCAAUUCAUUUGCUUCGUGUUUGGGGAAAUAAUGCCAUUCCUUUUUCCCUUGAGAAGGCAAAUGCUUUAUUGAGAAAGAAUUGGCCAGAAUCAACCAUUGUCAAAUUCACCAACCAACCAAGAUUACAAAGCUGGAUUGAUCAAGAAAGGAAUAUUAUAUUCUAUGGAGGAAAAGAUGAUUGGAUCCAACAGUUUGAAGAGAAAGUAGUGGACAUAAAAAAUGAUAGAUCAAUGAGAGACAGUGGCAUUACUUUCGAGAUUGUACGUAUAGGAAACAGUAACAAGACUACAAAAGGAGAAGACAAUUACAAUAUUACGUCUCAUUUUUGGAUAAUACAAUGGGGAUAUUUCAUAAUAAAAAGUCAACUAACAGGUUCAAGUGCAACUGAAACAACAGAAGACAUCCUAAGAUUGAUUUCCUAUGAAAAUGAAAAUGGUUGGGCUAUUCUUGCUGUUGGCUCAGCUCCUUUGGUUGUGGGUCGUGGGAACUUGAUUUUGAGAGUGUUUGAAGAUUUUAAUCAAUGGAAAAGGAAUUUGAAUAUAAAGGGUUUUGCCAAUAGUUUCAAAGAUCAUUUCAAUGAGUUGGCUUUGAAGGCUCAUCAAUGUGAUCGAGUAAUUCUUCCUGAAUUUAGUGGAUGGAUUCCUAUGAUUGUGAAUUGUCCUGAGUGUCCUCGUUUCAUGGAGACUGGUAUUAAUUUCAAUUGCUGCCAUGGUCGUGGACUUAACAAAUGAGAAGAAGCUUUGCUUGAGGGAAACUCUCCCAACUGCCUAUUAUACCAUAUGUUCUACUAAAUAAUAAGGUUGUUAUGAUCUUUGUUGUAUCUCAUAUAUAUGUAUGGCUAUUAUUAGUGCAUACAUGGUUUUACUAUACCAAAAAUCUUGGAAUUUUCUAUAUAUAUGAUAAUAUUUCUACUAUUUGGCUC